AGUCAUAUGGGCACCCAAUAAGCAGCCUGUUUUGUUGUAGGAUUGGGUAUAAAAAUCCCAAAUCCUCUCAGCUCCUAGCACCAAGGCUCACUAACAGCAAGCAGAAUGGCCUUUCACUCUGUGCUCAUUGUUUUCUUAGCCGGACUGGUAUUUUUCUCUGAAGCUGGACCAACGGACUCCCAUGGCUCUCUUGAUUCCAAAUGCCCUCUCAUGGUGAAAGUGCUGGAUGCAGUCAGAGGAAGGCCUGCAGUUGACGUAGCCGUUAAAGUCUUUAGAAAGGCUGCAGAUGGACACUGGGAGGAGUUUGCUUCUGGGAAAACCACAAAGUUUGGAGAGAUCCAUGAGCUCACAACAGAAGAGCAGUUUGUAGAAGGAGUAUACAGGGUUGAGUUUGACACCAGCUCUUACUGGAAGGGACUUGGCCUUUCCCCAUUCCAUGACUACGCUGAUGUGGUGUUCAGUACUACUGAUUCUGGUCACCGCCACUAUACCAUUGCGGCUCUCGUCAGUCCUUACUCUUAUUCAACCACUGCUGUUGUCACUGAUGCCCACGAAUAAACACAUUCUGUUGUUACACAGAUACCUUUCUCUGCUAGAACUAUCAUAGGCUUUUAGAAGGAAGGUUUUUCCUACUGCUAAUGCAUAACUUUUUGCUACAUUAGGGUUUUUUUCCAUUUUGUAAUCUGGCAAACUUCAGACAAGUCAAUAAAAUGCUACUUCUUUAAAACA